AUGAGCCUAAACCAAAGGAAAACCAGAUCAGCAACCAGGAAAUCAGAGAGAUACAACCAGCCAAUCAAUCAAGCUCUCAAUCAACCAUCAGUGGCAGCCAACUUCAAGAUCCCGGCCAAUCCAUCCACGGCGCUUCCUACACCCCCGCUUUCGGGUCCCGAUUCUGUAGAGCCACCGGAGCGAGCACAGGACGAGACGCUCAAGACCAGCGGGAACGAGGAGGACGAGACAGAGGAGGAACUCGAAGAGGGAGACGACGCGAAAGAGGAUGAAGACGAGGAGCGCUCCCCGUCGGCCCGGAAUUCCCCAGCGCCAGAGGACGCGAUCAUCGUCCACAAACGACCUUUCCGCCAACACACCGACGUCGAGCACACCCACACCGCCCCUUCAUCUUCAUCUUCGCGUUCUCCAACUCCCGCAAACAAUCAUGCAUCUUCAUCGAUCUCAUCUGUAUCAGCCUCUCGUCCAGCGUCCAGCUCCCACGCACACUCACGCGCCACACGAUCCCGCACCCGCCUCAAUUCACGUCCCUCGAAAUACCGCCGUCGCCCAUACGUAGAGGUCUCGACGUGGAAGGCGAUCCAGCAAGAGCGAGUGCGCGAGGCUCGACUACGACGGCAGGCUGCUGCCCUACAGGCGAUACGCUCCACUCGGUCUGUUUCUGCUUCCGUCGACAGGGGCUUUAGUGGGAGGGAGUCCGCUCCUCCAGCCCCCGCUAAUCCUCAAGAUGUACCUACGGAACCAAUCGUGCCUGAUGGUGAACACGCAGAAGAGCAUGCACAACAAUUCGACCCGGACUCGGAACCAGGGAGGAAGGAACAAAGGCACGGCGCUGAGCAUCCCGAUCUUGACAAUGACCGCGCCGACACCUUGACCCCGGCUGCUCGUAUCUCGCAUCUAUCUACACCUGUUCCGGAAGGCGACGCACCUCUUUCUGUCCUGCGGUCAGGACGUCCGCGUCUUGCCCAGCAAACUUAUCCAGACUGUUUGUCGGAUGACAUUCAUGACGAGGAUGUGGAUGGUGAAGACGGAGAUGAAAUAACUCCGCGUAUCUUCACUCUUUCGGAAGCUUCUCCACCGUCUCUUUCCUUUCUCCGCUCAGGACGGACGCGUCGUGUUCAACAAUUGCAUGCGGAGAGUUCAUCGGAUGAAGAGCAUGACCAGAAUGCUGAAGAUGAAGCUGGAACAAGCGCGCGUAUCUCAACUCCUUCGGAAGCUUCACCACCGCCUCAUUCUUUUCUCCGUUCAGGACGGAAGCGUCUGGUACCUCAAGCGCAUGCGCCGAACUCGAUGGAUGACGAGCAUGACCAGGACGUGCAAGAUGAAGAUGGAUCAACCCAACACGACACCGUCAACGGCACGACUCCAGAAGCGCAAAUCUCAUCUCCAGAAACGGAACCUCCACUUUCUUGCCUACGUUCAGGCCGGACUCGGACUCGGACGCGUACUAUCCGACAAACGUACCCGGAGAGCUCGCCGGACGAGGAUAUUGAAGAUGAACAUGGCACAACUGACCAUGAUCAUGAUCUUGUCGACGAGACGAGUUUGGGGGCGCAUAUCUCAGAUACAUUGACUUUCAUGGCCUCGACACCUUUUUCUUUCCUGCGAUCGGGACGAAGGCGUACUAUCCGACAAAUACGAGUGGAGAGCUCGUCGGGCGAAGACGACGACAACAUAACUCCUCCUCCGGAAGACGAACAACCUCGUUCAUACCUGCGCUCAGGACGGAGGCGUUCGGAAAAGUUAACGUGUCCGGAGAGCUCGUCGGAUGAUGGAGAUGACGAAGACGCUCAAGACGAAGAAGAAGUUGAAAUGACUCCUUCUACUUCUACCACACCCACACCUCCGACACGAAACAGUCCAAGUCCCAGCGCCAGCCCCGACCCCAACCCCAACCCCAACCCCAACCACAACCCCGCACCUUCUCCAUCUCAGCCUCCUCGUCUCCGUCGAUUUUCAACUUCCCGUCUAACCGCGUAUCUCCGUGAUGAGCACCAUAAAGCGAACGCGAACGCAGGAAGGGUCACUCGUGGAGCGGGAGCGAGAGAAGGAGAAAGAGAAGGAGAAAGCGAUGAUGGGGAUUGGGUGAGUUUUGAUAGCGACGAGUGCGAUAUUUGGGGUGUCGAUGGAAGGGGGAAUGGGGAUAGGGAUGAUGUCGCGGAGGGGGGUGGGAAUGUGAAUGAAGAUGAGGGCGCGGAGCUUGAUGAGGGUAACGUCGUGGAGCGAGAUGGGGAUAUGGCUGGCGGUGGGGCCGCGGAUGAGGAGGUAGAGGCAGAGGUAGAAGCAGAGGAAGGGGAAGCGGCGAUCGUAACAGAGCAGGAUGGACGAAUCGAAAUGCAGGGACAGGUCGGAGCGGGAGUAGAAGCCGAAGCCGAAGUCGAAGCCGUGGAGGAGGGCGAAGUCACCGAAAACGACAGAGACGAGCUCAAAGAAGACAUGAUCCAGGAAGAGGAAAAGGGCGAGGAGGGCGAAAUCAUCGUCGAAGGAGGCGAGAUCGAAGAUUAUGGAACGAACGAGCAUGCCGGUGCUGGAAUGGCGGAAGAUGGCGAGGUCACCGAAUGGGACGGGCGCGGGUAUAAAUAUCAUGAUGGGGAGAUGCUGAACGCCGGGCAGGGUCCGAAUCCGGGUGAAGAUGGAAGUGGGAUCGUGGAUGUGAGUGGCGUGCCGAGGGAGGUGGAGGACGGGGAGCUGGUCGAUGACGACGAGGAGGCUAUAGUGGGUCCUGCACUGGGUGUGGGUACGAAGGCCAGUGGUGUCGUGCGACCGAACCCAGACAAUGCAUCAGCAUCCGGGUUGGAAGAAGGCGAAGUUGUUGAUUUACGUCAGGAUGAGGAGCAAGUACAAGUGGCGGACGAGGAAGUGGACAUGGAGUUGGAUUCAGACGGAGAGGGAUAUGUAUAUGGACGGAUAGGGACGAUUCAUGCUUUGCCGCAUGAAGCAGGAGGUAUAUAUAUGCCUGUCGCGCAUGCAUCGGCCUCUACCGCCAUAGCCAUAUUACCCCCAAUGCCAACUUCAACCUCGACGGCCACAGUGCCACCAGCUUCGACUGUAUCUACCGGAGAACUCUCGAAGUCCAAACGGAAGCGGAAGCGCGGCAAGCAUAAACGAAGACAUAAUCACGGCCCCGCCAUUUCCCCUGCCACACCCACAAGCAUAUCCUCUCCCCAGCGUCCCCCCACGACGUCCACCUCCUCUCCCACUUCUACGUCCCUCGCGCAUCCCAUACACCCGAAUCCGGACCGUGUGGCCCAGCCGAUUACGCCACCCACCAACAAACCAAAUCUCCUCCAUCCCUCACUGCCCAGUAAACCCACCUUUGAACCGACGACAUUCUACGACCCUCGUUCUCGCGUCAUCCCUCCGAGGCCACGUCCGAUACCUUAUGAGUUGUCGGAUGAGGUGCCGGUUGGAGGUGUUUCGGAGGUGAAGGGAGGUACGGCUACGACUACUACGACUACCACCAGGACCGACGCACUCCAUGCACAUUCAUCGACGAGCGAGCCUUUCGUUAGGUCGGAUGCUAACGCCACGACUUCCUCUGCGGCUCGAAUUCAGGCUCAGGCUGGGAUAACAUCACCUCCAUUCUCGUCGACGCCCAUACAGAGACCAGACCCACUGCCCACCAAUCCUCAGCUUCCAACCUCAGGCCCGUCUCAACAACCGCGCCCUUCGCUAGCUGUCGCCGUUGACUCACCUUCAGAAGCGGAACAAGAUGUAGAAGCUCCGUCGCGAGAUUCGUUCCCUGGUUCGCGCUUCCCGAGAGUGAGGGGGCAGUCUGUUCCCCUGCUUUCUGCCGUAAAGUCCACACCACCGCCACCGCCUACGCCCACACCUACUCAACACCUGCCGCAGCGACGAGAUGAAAAACGAUUAGUUCACUCGCCUUUCCCAUCCCUUCCCCCAGUCCCAUCUCCGGUGUUUCCUUACGACCUCGUCCCACAAAAAGCAGGACGACCCGUUCGACCGGCGUGCGUUCGUCCCGAUCCUGGUCCUACCGACAACCACAAUCAACGGCAGAGGCAGAGGCAGAGGCAGUUGGAAGUGCGGGAUGAAGUAUUCGAUGGGUUAUGUGGGAGGGUUGAGGUUCCGCUGAGACGUGAGGAGAGAACGAACGAGACGGAGGUGUUUAGGUUGAGGCAUGAUAUGAGGUUCUUGGGGAGGUAUCUUGAGCGGUCUUCUUUGCCUUUGUUCUUCCCCGAGGAGGAGGAGGAGGAGGUUAGGAGGAAAGGAUCGGUACGAGUGGAGCAGAAGAAGACGGUGACGGGGGCGUAUGUGGAUAUGAUGAGGGGAUUGUUUGGGGACGUGGGGUUCGAGAGGGCGAUGGGGAGGAAGCCGGCUCAGAGGGAUGUGGCGGUGAAGGUGGAGGAGGACGAAUCCUCAAUUCCGACGGUUUUGGUCUCUCGUUCUAUAUCUCCCUCUUCGGACAACGAAUAUUACUCCCACGACGACGACGACGACGGCGACGGCGACGGCGACGAAAACGAACUCCACGGCGACCACCUCAACCCUUUCCUCCCCGCUCCCCCUACUUCCACUUCCACGCCAUACGCCACGACGCCUAUCCCUCCCUUCGAACCUAAAAUCAACAGGAAGCCCAGCACAAUCUCCGCCGUCGUCAACGCCGCUCUCGCCACUCAACGCCACGCUUCCUCUUCGACUUCGACCCUUCAUGCCAAGGAGGAGCGUCUGCGGAAACGUGCACUUCGUCGUCCAUGCAAUGUCCCUCCACGUCCUCGCACUCCCACGCCCUUUUUGCCAGACGACUUCGAUCCCGGUGCUAGCGUCGGCGUCAUGGCAAGUCCUGCUAGCGUAGUACAACUUGACUCAGUGGUAGAACUGUCAUCAAUACCUCAGACGGACGCGGAUUCGGAGAACACUGGGACGCGCGAGUUCGAGGCUUCGAUAUCUUGGUAUGAACCUUCGAUAGUUCAGGUUCAAGUACCGACGUCCAGGAAACGCAAGUUUGGCGAUAUUUCUGGCCAGGCCGUCGACCGUGCAGUACCCGCAACCACGACGAAUCCCACCGAUUUCGCUGUGAAACGUUUAUUACAGGUCCCUGCUUCGCUCGAUUCGAAGAUCAAGGUGCAUAAUGAGCGGGUUCGCGUACGAGAGGCCGAGGCGGAAGAUAAAGAGGAGCGGGCGGCGAAGAGGAGACGGGUCGGGGGUGAGACGAUGGUGGAAGAGGAGGGAAUGAAGGGUGGGGUGGGGUUGAGAUCGGGCGUGGAAGGUUCGUUUGGCACGGGGUCCGAGGUGUUGGACGUUGUGAGCGAGUCGGGAAGACUCGAUGUCGAUGUUGAUGUCAAUAGGUUGGGGGAGGAGCUAGAGCAGGAGAGAACAGAGCUCAUGCCUCUUCCUCUGAAGCUGGGCUUUCUCACCUUCUCGACGUCGGCCACGAGCACGAUACCGCCGCCAGCCCCGAUUCCGGACAGAGCUGCGAUUCACGGCCCAAUGCUUCCCAAGGCUCCUCUACCGCCACAAGUUCCGACGACUACAACUGUUCCGACCCAUUCGAAGGAUCGAGUCCCAAGCAUUGCAUCUCGUACAUCUCCUCAGUCCACUGCGGCAAUUUCGUCCGUCACCCCGUCCAUCUCGAGGCGGAAGAAAGAACCUAAGCCGAAACCGUUCAGCCUCAAGAGCUUAGAAGGCGAUAAUUCUGCGUUCGGCUCUGGUGUGGAACUCCGGAGGGGAAAGGGAGGGAGGCCGAGGACAGUACCUGCACUGGAGACGACGCAAGCGACAUCAAAGGGAAGGAAUACUGUUGCCCAGGCCGUACGUUCUUCGACGACGAGUAAGGACGCUGCCACGAGGCCACCGUCUGAUGUCGGUGCGCCUUCUGGCUCAACAUCAACCUCGGUCAUCGGGCCCGGAUUCAUACCAGCACCAUCGACAAUUCCGUUACCGGUAGAGCAAGAAGAGGUCGAGGAGUGGGUGAGUGUCUUGCAGAGGCUGGUGAAGGGGAAGGUCACCAUCAGCCAAGAGGGCAUGUUGAACGCGAGCAUCGUGCUGACACAGAUAGAGAGCUUAAAGAAUGGGCUUGGGGUCGAUGUUUUGCAGUCCACAAACCUCGGAACGAUCAUCCGCGUACUCGGCACGUCGAAAAAUAAUAUUCCUUUUGGAGACCCGUACGCUCUUUGUGAGAGGGGUCAGGUAUUGGCGCUAGCAUGGGGACUUGGAUAAAUUGUGGAGGAAUGGACGGGUCAGCGGUGAACAGUGUAUCUAGAUGAUGUGACCAGUUGCUGGUGAAUUGGAACGAGGGGAUUCAGAGCAGAAAAGGAUAAUUUGAUAUUUUCCUCGGUCGUCUGUAUGGCCACCCGCGACUUUUGCAGAUGCUUGUAGCUUGAUUAUC